GGACGGCCCCGCCUCAGACCUAACACUGUGAUCUCUGAGUCCUCUUUCAGUCGGGACUUCCGCCAUCCGAGCGAGCAGCUUCGGGUGGGCCCUAGCCUGGGCGGCGGCGGCGGCGGCGGCAGAUGGCGAUGUUUAGCCUGAGAAGAAACGCGGUAAUCGGACUCAACCUCUACUUGGGGGGACCCGGGUUGGGAGCCGGUGGCGGCGGCGUCGCCCCUCCGGCAGAGCGGCUUCUGGCUGCGGAGAAGGAGGCCGCUGCCCGGCGAGAGGUAGGGGGAGGGGAGGCCGGCGCGGUGAUUGGCGGAAGCCCGGGCGCUGGCCCCCCGGCCGCGCUGGCGCCGGACGCCCGGAGGGUCGCGCGGCCGGCGCCCAUUGGCGCCGAGCUCCCCGACGUCAGCGCGACCCCCGCGAGGCUGCUGUACUUGGCGCCCACCCGCCGCGCGUCGCCGCUCGAGGAGAUGGAAGCCCCGGCUGCGGACGCCAUCAUGUCGCCCGAAGAGGAGCUGGACGGCUACGAGCCGGAGCCCCUUGCGAAGCGGCCGGCCGUCCUGCCCCUGCUGGACUUGGUGGGGGAGGCCAGUAAGGUCCCUAGCACGGACGGGUCGCUGCCCUCGACGCCGCCGCCCGCAGAGGAGGAGGAGGACGAGUUGUACCGGCAGUCGCUGGAGAUUAUCUCCCGGUACCUUCGGGAGCAGGCGACCGGCGCCAAGGACGCGAAGCCGAUGGGCCGGGCCGGCAGCGCGAGCCGGAAGGCGCUCGAGACCCUGCGGCGGGUCGGGGACGGCGUGCAGCGCAACCACGAGACGGCCUUCCAAGGAAUGCUUCGGAAACUGGACAUCAAAAACGAAGACGAUGUCAAAUCUUUGUCUCGAGUGAUGGUCCAUGUUUUCAGUGAUGGCGUAACAAACUGGGGCAGGAUUGUGACUCUGAUUUCUUUCGGUGCCUUUGUGGCCAAACACUUGAAGAGCAUAAACCAAGAAAGCUGCAUAGAACCUUUAGCGGAAAGUAUCACAGAUGUUCUCGUCAGGACGAAACGGGACUGGCUAGUCAAACAAAGAGGCUGGGAUGGGUUUGUGGAGUUCUUCCAUGUAGAGGACCUAGAAAGCGGCAUCAGAAAUGUGCUGCUGGCUUUUGCGGGUGUUGCCGGAGUAGGAGCGGGGCUGGCUUAUCUGAUAAGAUAGCCUUCUAAGUGCAAUAGUUGACUCUUAACCAAUUCCAGGCACCGAAACCACACACUUCUAUGAAACUGAAGGUAUUUAUGAAGUUGGAAUUCAAACUGCCCAAGCUGUAACCAAGAGGUUCAUUCUAGCAACCUAGCCAGAAAAGCAAGCUGCAAGAGGACUGACUGUAGAUAACAAGAAUAAACGCAUGGGAAAAGUAGUUCCCCUUGAAGAGUCCCUGUCUACAGAAGCCAAAUUCAGUUUCAGCAACAAGCAGACUUUGUGUGGGAGGCCAUGGAGGAAAGCUUCUAGAUUUAGUGAAGAUGGUAGUGGAAGAACUUGAUCUCCUUGUCUAGAACAGGAAAUUCGUUAAAUACGUUCAGUGAGUUCAUUAAUUUCCUGUAGUGUUAAAAGAAAAGCACUAACAAUGCCAGUGACCUGUAUACAAAAUGAAUUUCAGUUAGAAGUAAUGGAAGUAUGCCUAGAAGCCUCAGUACUGUACAACAGUGUGUGCAGGGGAGCGUUUUCCUCUCUCAAGAGCAGGCAGUCCCAGGUGUUAAGGACUCUCAUACCUGUUCUACUUUGGCUUGCUUUGAAUGAUUCUUUGUUAGCCUAGUAAUGGCCAAGAAUACUUGACUUGUGACUGCUCAAUAAUUAGUUACAAAUAUAGAAUAUCCUUGAUUUUUGAGAUAGAAACAACUUGUAAAUGUAUGUCUAUAAAAUUGUAUAUAUUUUUACAGAAAAUCUAUUUCUUUGUAACAUAAAGGGAGGGGGAGUAUCGACUUUACAUUUUUUUUUUUUUCAUAUCUUUUUGAAAUUUGCAUCUUCUCUAGUUAGAAAACUUUCUUAACGGCUUUUCUAUCCUAAACUUUGUCCCAGUCAAUUCUAGAGUGUAUCCAGAACCAACUGAUGGAAUUGUAUGAAACCUGGUUUAGUGGAACAAAUCUGAUUCAUAACUAUGCAGCUUUCUAAUUUUCCUAUCUGAUUUUUGGUUUAUAUUCCUUAGAUAGAUUUUUCUUUGAAAACCUGGGCUUGAGAGGUUGAGAAAUGGAAAUAAGUCCUUUCACUUUGUUAUAGGUAGGUUUUCAAUAAUUGAGUCAAAGUGGUUUAAAGUUGUGGGGUGGGGUGGGGCUGGUGACUUAAAAAUUAUGGGCUCUGAUUGGGCACUUCUCAUUUGCAUUCCUUCCAUUUGACCUAAUUUAACUGGUGAAAUUUAAACUGAGUUCAUGAGCUCAUCUUUAAGGCUUUUUACUAAAAGGUUUUCAGCUGUUCCAAAUGGGACUUAUUAGCAGUGUGUGUAUAAAAAGAUCACAUCAGGUGGAGAAGAGACAUUUGAUCCCUUGUUUACUUAAUAAAUUGUAAAAUGAUGGCUUGGAAAAGCAGGCCAGAGUCUAACCAUGGUGCUGUUAUUAGGCUUGGUUGUUAAACAAGGGCUAAGCCUAGUAUGUCAAUAAAGCAAACACUUGUUUCAUUUCUACUGAUGGUUCCCAAACUUUGUUUCAGGUUUUUGCAUUUGCAUCUUUUUGGAUUUCAGACUCCAUGUUCUUUCAAAUUUACAUUUUCCUGUCCAUCCUUGAAAAUGUGCUGCUUGUUCCCAUUAUGAACCCAUACUGGAUAAUUAAGUGGCCCCCUCCCCUACCCCCCAGCAAUCCCAGGACUCACCUGCAUCUUUAAUGAAUUUUAUCCUAUUGGGAAGUGGUAAUAUUGUGGGUGCUGUACCAAGAGGCAUGGGAUGGGAGACCCUAGGACUGCUAUCUUCAGUUGUUGCAUUGUAAUGCUGUCUUUUCAGGAGGGACUUCAAAAGUCCCCUUAGGAAUUUUUGGAGUGGGGAACAUCUUUUGUGGCUUUCUCUAGUUUCCUUUGCAUUUGAAUAUGCUCACUUAAAUUUAUAGAAAGAAGUGGGCUCUGUUAAACCUCAGAGCUACAAGUAAAGUGAAGAAAGCUUCAGCCUCUGAGCCUGACCUUUAGCCUGGACUCCAGAUAGAAACGGGCGUGAAUAAAAUGACCAGGAAUGUAAUGGGGAAGAAUCACCCUGCCUGCCUGGCUGGGAGCCAUAAGGUCAUCUUGCUAGAGCUGUUUUUAUCUAUGUAUUUGUCGUUCUUAAUCAUAAACCAUUUAUUUAUAUCAUGUCUCUCUCUAAGGACCUAAAAGCACUUUAUGUAGUUUUUAAUUAAUCUUAAGAUCUGGUUAAGGUGACUUAAAGGCCUGUCUCCCCCCCCUAUCCAGUUAUGGAAAUAAGGGCAGAAAUGUAAAUUGGUGUUUAGGAGCCCCACUUGCAAAUUCACUAGCCAGGACUGCUGAAAUGCAGACCAGGAUCUUAGUUGAUAUUUUGGGCCUGGGGCAGUGAGUGUUUUAGGGAAGAAGGGUUGGUGUGUGGGGCGGGGAGGGGGCAGCACGGGGGUCUUCAGUCUUGACUAGCUGCAGAGUUCAGGCAAAUCCUCCAAAGUGGAAAGGGAGGGGCUGCUUGGAAAGAUGGCUCUCAGCGAAUUCUGUUUGUCUUCGGCUUCUCUCAGGGAAAAACAUGCAGUCCUCUGGUCGUGUUUGCGUACCUUACUGGAGGAGUGAACUCCUUGGUUCUGGUUACACAGCUAGUGCUUUGGACAGCUGUGCCAGGCUGCGUUAGGACCAACUACAAAUUAAUGUGGGUUGUAAAAUAUGGUGUGUUUUCCUAAUUUCCUGUUUUUUCCUGAGAAAUAAAUCUUUAUUCAAAUGUAA